GUCGGUCAUAUUCCUCAUGAGAAAGUCUGUGAGUGUAUCGUCUGCGGGCUCCCUGCCGCCGCUGGAGGACGACGUGGACUCGGUGUGCUCCGACGAGCUGCUGGGCUCGCAGUCCCGCCGCUGGCUGGCGGACAUUCUGAGCGGGGGCAUGCCGCCGGAAAGCGGAGACGUGACCCCGGUGGGCCGGGACGGGCUGUUCGUGGACUUUCACUUCCCCGUGGGAGAGCUGGAGAUGCAGCCCGGGGUGAAGUGGAAGCGACCAAAGGAACUCUGUCCAUCACCUCAGUUCAUAGUAGAUGGAGCAACGAGGCUGGAUGUUCACCAGGGGAAACUCAGUGACUGCUGGUUACUUUCGGCUAUAGCGUCUCUCUCCAUGUAUCAAUCGCUCCUCAAGAAGGUUGUGCCUCUGAGCCAGAGCUUCCAGGACGGAUACAAUGGUUGCUUCACCUUCAGGUUCUGGCAGUACGGUCAGUGGGAGGACGUACAGAUCGAUGACCUGCUGCCCACUGUGGACAACAAUCUGAUCUUCCUCAGCUCCCCAGAAAAACAAGAGUUCUGGAGCGCCCUGCUGGAGAAAGCCUACGCCAAGUUGAAGGGUGGCUACCGAGCUCUGGACAUGGGCUUCCCUCAUGAGGCCAUGGUGGAUAUGACGGGCGGGGUGACGGAGGUUUUACAGGUGGCCUCACUUCCCAGAGACCUGCCGACCUUCCUGAGACACCUGCUGGUUAGAGGAGCACUCAUCAACUGUGCCAACUGCCAGGGUCCUCUGGAACGGAGGAAUGAACUGGGGAUCAUGUUUAGACAUGCCUAUGCUCUGACUGCAGUGGAAAAGGUGAGGACGACACACGGCACAGAAUAUUUGGUGCGAAUCCUCAAUCCUUGGGGCAACACAGAGUGGGAGGGGCCCUGGAGUGACUUCAAAGGUUCAGAGUGGAACACGGUGAGCGUCGAGGAGCAGAAACGACUCGGCAGAGUCAGACAGGAGGACGGAGAGUUCUGGAUGUCGGUGUCAGACUUCCGACAGAACUUCGAGGUGAUGGAGGUUUGUCACCUGACCGAGGCUCUCGGUGAACCAGGCUCCAGCAUGCAGCUGUGGAGCUGCAUUAUGCAUCAUGGCAACUGGGUGCCGAAUAUCACAGCAGGAGGCUCUCCUCAAGGCGGUUGGUUCUAUCAGAACCCGCAGUUCUACUUUGUUCUGUCGAAGGCGGACCAAAACCCCGACAGCGCUCAGAAGACCUGCUCCUUCGUUUUGGCUCUGAUGCAGAAGCACCAGAGACGAAGAGGCAUUAAUCUAGCCAUCGCCCUUCACGUAUACCCGGCUCAUCCUAAGAAUACGUACCUGUCCCGCGAGGACCUGAGCGUGAGCCGCCCAGUCCUCUACAGCCCCCAGUACGUCGCACGGCGGGAGAUUGUUCUUCGCGGCUCCCUCCCACCAGGUUCCUACAUCAUCAUCCCAUCCACCGCAGAGACCAAUCAGCAGGGAGCCUUCCUCCUGCGGGUGCUGAUGGAGCAGGGCAACAAUGCCACACCAGCUCAAAAACCAGUAACAGAAGACAUUGCAUCAGUAACAGAGCUUUCGUUUCCUCACCAAGCUGCCCUUCCUUCACCUCAGGCCAUCAGACAGCUUUUUAAGAAACACUGCAACAAGAAGGAACUUUGCAAACCACUGCACCUCUACAACCUUCUGACUGAGGCCAUUCAGGGAGGAGUGCUGGCAGGAAGUGAGAAGUACUUGGCUUUGGAGCACUGCAAGAGCCUGGUGGUCCUCAUGGAUAGCCAAGGCAUCGCUCAGCUAAACUGGCCCGAGUUCCAGAGUCUGUGGGACAAGAUCAGGAGGUGGACGGAUAUCUUCCUCAUGCAUGACAAGAACAAAACUCAGCGCCUCGAGUAUCAGGAGGUCAUGCCCUCGCUGAAAGCAGCAGGCAUCAGGGUGGACGAGUUGGUGAUGCAGCUGGUUGGACUGAGAUACACGGAGCCGGACAUGACCAUCAGUUACCCCGGCUUCCUGUACCUGCUGAUGAAACUGGAGAGCAUGAUCCACAAAUUUCAAGCGUACGACAUGAUGGGAAUGGGAACGGUAACCAUCAGCUACAGACAGUGGCUCCACAUGACCAUGUACAACUGAACUGAACCGCUCUACCCAGACACCCUCGCCUGCAUCACGUCAGCUUUUUUUCAUGAUUGUAAAGUUUUGUGUUAUUUUGUGCCAAAUGCAUUAAAGUCAAUGAUUAUUGCACAAAUAGAAAAAUAUCACAAACAGAAAAGAGAAUAUUUCUGAAGCUGUUUUUCUUUCCUCACACACUCAAACAAUGGCGAUGGAAACGACCUUAAGAACUCUCUUGAGUCACGCAAACAGCCCGGGUCAAAGGUCAAGGCAGGAUGUGCUGCUGUGAGGAAGUUUAUGAUGAAACUUCAGUGACUUCACCUUCAUUGUCCUCUCAGUCUGACAUCAUUUCUCUCCUGCCUCUAAAUUAGAGCCAAUAAACACAGAGCCCCGCUGGUUUUAACAGACUUUUAAUUUGUUCAGUACCAAAGAAGACUGUGCAGGCGUCCUGCAUGAGUGCGUGUCCUAACCCCGAUCAUCAUACGUAGAAUAAUCAAUAAAGUAUACUGUCCUCCUGAUCAA